UCUUUUCAUUUGCCCUCCCCCCCCAUCUUUUUAUAGAGAGAGAGAGAGAGAGAGAGAGAGAGAGAGAGAGGAGAUCUAGGGUUUCUUCCACCACUUCCUCGCUCGCUCGCUAGCUGUUGAUGCGAUUCAGUUAUGAGUAUGGUCGACGACGACAUGGCUUCUCUCGAUGCCGAUUUGCUCCAGCUCCCUGAGAUGUCUACCUUCGUCCUCAAAUCGAGACCCGAUUUCACGCAGAAGCUCUUCGAUCAGUGGCUUUCGCUCCCCGAAGCUAAUCGACAGGUUGCAUCAUUGCUUCAAGAUGCAAUGUCUGGGGCUCCUUUGAAUGUUCCUGGAAGUGCAUCUGGUUCUGGUCCUGGCACCACCAAUUCUUUACCUUCCAUGUUCCCAGCUGGAAGUGCUCCUCCACUUUCACCUAGAAGCUGUGGCUCCCCGCGUACGAUGAAACAGAGGGCUCCUUCUAAUUUAGGCUCUCCUCUUAAAGUGCUCAACGAGCCGGUUAAAGAGUCCAUACCUCAGUUUUAUUUUCAAAAUGGUCCCCCACCUCCAACUGAGAUUAAAGAUCAAUGUAUGUUUAGAGUCAACCACUUUUUCUAUGGCCAUAUGGAUGGACUGCAAAUACAAGAAUUCAAAUUAGUCACCAGAGAAAUCUGCAAGCUCCCAUCAUUCUUCUCCACCUCACUUUUCAGGAAGAUCGAUGUCAAUAGUACAGGUUUUGUUACUAGAGAAGCAUUUAUUGAUUAUUGGGUAAACGGGAACAUGUUGAUAAUGGAUAUGACGACCCAAAUAUUUAAGAUACUAAAGCAGCAAAAUCAAAACUUCAUUGUCAAGGAGGAUUUUAAGCCGCUACUUAAAGAACUUUUAGCAACGCAUCCUGGACUAGAGUUUUUGCAAGGCACACCUGAAUUUCAAGAAAGAUACGCUGAAACUGUUACCUACAGAAUCUUUUACUACAUAAAUAGAUCUGGAAAUGGGCGACUUACAUUUAGGGAGCUUAAACGAGGAAAUUUAAUUGAUGCUAUGCUUCACGCUGACGAAGAAGAAGAUAUCAACAAAGUGUUGAGGUAUUUCUCGUACGAGCAUUUCUAUGUCAUAUACUGCAAGUUCUGGGAGCUGGAUUCAGAUCAUGAUUUCCUGAUUGACAAAGAAAACCUUAUGAAAUAUGGCAACCAUGCUCUAACUUACCGGAUCGUCGACAGAGUAUUCUCCCAGGUUGCUAGGAAGUUUAGUAGCAAAAUUGAAGGGAAAAUGGGGUAUGAGGAUUUUGUCUAUUUCAUACUUGCGGAAGAAGAUAAAUCGUCAGAGCCGAGCCUAGAAUACUGGUUUAAGUGCGUAGACUUGGAUGGGAAUGGGAUUAUUACGCGAAAUGAGAUGCAGUUCUUUUAUGAGGAGCAGUUGCAUCGAAUGGAGUGUAUGGCGCAAGAGGCUGUUCUUUUUGAGGAUAUCUUAUGCCAGAUAAUUGAUAUGAUCGGACCAGAGGAGGAAAGCUAUAUAACCCUGAGUGACCUGAAAGGCUCCAAACUCUCUGGAAACGUCUUCAACAUCCUUUUUAAUCUUAAUAAGUUUAUGGCAUUUGAAACACGGGAUCCGUUCCUCAUUCGCCAGGAACGUGAAAACCCUACAUUGACAGAGUGGGAUCGUUUUGCACAUAGAGAGUACAUAAGGCUUUCAAUGGAAGAAGAUGUUGAAGAUGCUUCCAAUGGAAGUGCUGAGGUUUGGGAUGAGUCAUUGGAGGCUCCCUUCUGAGUUCGUAAAGUUGAGAAAAGAUGUUGGGAACUUGCUGUAGUGAAACGAAAGAAAGAGAAAGAAGAGUAUUUAUAUAUCUGCUUCGCAAUUGGGAAUGCAGGUUUGAAAUCGGGAAACUGGUGUUUUCCUUUUCAGUUAGCUGUUGUUAUAUAUAGACAAGUUUUUUCCAUUUUAUUUAUUAUUAUUACAAACAGCAAGCGAUGCAGACUGCAUGUUUUACAGAGUUUCUAGUUUCUAUGGUACUUUUCCAUUCAGGAAUGUUAAUGUUCUUUUAAUCAAUUGGUUGGUGUUUUAUUUUUUC